AUGAAACUAAUUUCCAUAAUUUCAUUCUGCCUAUUGGCUGCCUAUGCCUAUUCGCAAUGUUGCUCUGGACAACCUUUGGGAGCCUGCAUCAACCAAAUCUGCCCAAAUGGCACCAUGUGCAACAACAACUGGUGCUGUCCAGGAUGCUAUGACACUUGCUCCAACUGUUAUUUGUACACGGCAUACUGUAACAAUCCGUACUACUCGUGCAGUAUGAGCUGCUGCAAGGCUACCUGUGGACAGUGUCAUCCGUAA